AUGGCAUAGAGUAACCUGAGCUGCAACCAGUAUCACGAGUUCCCCGCCCCAGAGAGCCUGCAAUUCAAAUGUUAAGAGUGGGGAAAGGCAACAGAGGAGAUGUAAUUCCACAUUUUAGGCUUUGUUUCAGUUGUGGGUGAGAACAUGUGAGGUUAACUUUUUGUCGUGUUAUGUAUUUUUAUUAUGUUUUGUGUAGUUUUAUUGGAUGUUAUUUAACGUUGCAUUGUAAGCCACCCAGAACAAUUUGUUAUCGGGUGGCAAACAGAUGAUGAUGAUGAUGAUGAUGAUAAUUUUAUUAAUUAACUAACUGAUGCUAAACUUUUCAUAGGAAAGAAGGGUGCACUGUAAGAGCAUCCAUGAUUGAAAUCAUACGGUGCCCAGUUUGAUUAUUUUAUUUUAUUAGCACAGAUGACUCCAAGAGGUAGUGGAUGUUCACCCCAAAAUGUUUCCUGCUCCCCCAUCCACCAGACUGGAACAUUACAAGCCAUGUCAGACAAUGCAUAGCAUAUUGUGGCCCUAUAGCUUGAAUUGUUUUAAAAGGCCUCUGUGGUUGUUUCAAGAAGCCUCAUUCACUCACCACCACCCCCUACUCCACAAGAAGUUGCAAACGCCGGUACAGCCGGGGAGGUGGUAACCCACUCUAUUUAGCAGAAGUUUUUGCUCCCCCAAAAUGUCCUUUGCUCCCCCCAACUAGUUGUUCUGGAGUCACCCCUGCUGGUUAGAUUUGUGUCUUACUUUUCUUCCCCUAUAGUUUCCACAACAGUGUGUGUGCGUGUCUACAAAGCCUCCACCUUCCUGCAGACCCGUUCGAUGCAGACGUUUCCUAGCUCAGCAGACUUUUCCCUUUGCUUUUCUUGUUUGCUGGAGCUGGUUUCUGCCAAGCUUCCUUUGGUCUCCAUGACAGCCGACUGGGACCGUUGCCUAGCAAUGCAGGGAGCCCCGGCUUGUGCUGGCUGGGAUAGGCUGACCAAGACUCCACGGUCUCUCCUCUUUCCAUGUGGAUUGGCUGCUUGGAAUGACUCUCUUGCACAGAUGCAGUUCCCUUGGAAUCACUCACAGCAGCACCCCAGGAAGACCGAAGACCCUUUGCUUCCAAACCCUUCUCUCUAGCCUUCUGUUCCACAGGAGAGGCUUGCUGGUGAGCUACACCCUUGCACAGACAGCCUCUCUCUGUUCGUUCCAGAUUGAGACGCAAGCCACAGGUUGGUUGCUCGUCUUAGAACUGUCAGAUAGAGUGCAACAAAGGACUGCAGUGUUCCUUGCCUGUCGCAGUCUGCAGGCUGCAGCUGAGAACGUGCCAGAAUGGCCCCCACAAAGAAGAAGAAGAAGGGGACCAGGGAGAAAGCAGGGAAGCAGAAGAAGACGACCCUACCAGACGAGGAAAAAUACCAAAAGACAGUCCUGGAGGUUGACACCCUCAAGCAGCACCUUGUUCUUCGCCGGGAUGUGGCUAGGCAGGCGAUGGCUGACAGUGAAGGACUCAAGCAGAAGUUGGCAGAUCUGGAGAAAGCACUGGAAGCGGCUCAGGGUGACAAAAAGGAUAUUUACGAAGAGAUGAUCCGCCAGUAUCAGCAGCUCCAGCGCCAGACUGACACCCGGAUACAGCGCUUGGAAGCUGAGAAGGAGAACUUGCAGGAACAGCUUGCUGCCUGCCGGGAAGAUGUGCGGCAAAGCCAGGCAGACAAAGCCCAAAUGCUGGAAGAGAAGGAGACUGCCAUUGCAGAGAUGCAGUGCAAGAUUGAUGACAUGGAGACGGAGUAUGAGAAGAUCCUGCAUGGCAGCCUGGACUGCGUUCUCGCCAAGCUCCAGAGUGCCAAGCUCAGCUGGGAGAAGGAGGCUACCAGCAUCCACCUGGAGUACAAGGACCGGCUGAAGGAGUUUGGUCUCAACCCCCUGGAAAUAUGAAGUGGGACUCAUCGCAACAGACCACCCUGCCCUAGCCUUUGGCACAAGGCUUGAAAGACUGUGAAAUUUGCAAACGGGGGAAGGAAACUAUGGAAAGUAAGGUGCCAUAUAUAAAAUUCAAUGUUUAGGUUGCACUUCAUUCUAUAUUGGGGGAUCUGGUAGAUCAUUGAAAGAGAGAGAUAAAGAACAUCUAGCAGAUAUGAGGCAUUGUGCACAGAAAAUAAAACCUGGUCAUUACGCACGAGGAUCAAGCAUGAAGGCCAAAUGGUGCCUACUAAAAUAUGUAUUUUGUGGGUUGAGAGGGACCUGCAUAGAAGGGCAAAAAAGAAAGCAUUAUUUAUAGAAAAACUGAGACCUGACAUUAAUGCUCAGGAGGUGUUGGCCGAUGCCAUAAAGUUUAUUAGGCUCUAAGAAGAAUUGGGUAAUUCCCCUCCCCCCCCAUUCAUGGAACAGAGUGUUAUCAUGUCUAAGGAAUGUAACAGCUGAGGAACGGAGGAGGUUCUCAUCUCUCAUUUGCUUGUUUAACUGAGGAUGGUGUGUUACACCAGAAAUGUUUUGUUGAAGCUUUUAGUUUUUCUUUUUUGUGCAAUUAAAAAUAUUGUUGAGAGUUCCUUUAAAAAAAAAAUCAAA